AAAUCGGAAUACGUGGCGUCGGUUGCAACCACGAAGUCGAGCUUUGUGUUGUGAGAUACAUACACACACUAGUAGUAGAAAUCUUACAACAUUCCAAUAAACUGGUCGCGCAUGUGUAAUGUGUAAUUCAAGUGGUUAAUAAUAUUCAAUUAUUAGACUAGAGUAUAAUAGAUUCAAAUAUAAAAUAAUUUGUGUUCCAAUAAUGAAACAUGUACACUAGUACAAGUUUUUAAUUAUUAACAUUUGACCAAAAUGAGGUUUUGUUUUAUUAUGAAAGGAGGAGAUGAAAAGUCAUAAUAACAACUUGGAGUAUUUUGCAUGGAAAAAUAUAAAGUGAGUUAACAGAUUAAGCACAUCCCAAACUGCCAUGUCUAGCAUUGCUACCACCGUAAAACGCCGUAAGCCGUUAGUUAAAUCGAAAUCAAAAAAUACAACCAUAGGCACAAGUGCCGUUUUCACUGUUACUACCUCCACUACUACAAACACAUUAAGUGACCCAGUUAAAAACUAUAGCGCGAAUGAUCCAUUUGAUAAAGCGACGUUAGCCAACGCGUCAUCAAACAAAAGACUUCAACGCUUCUCAUUAAGCGACAUACUUGUUGGUAUAAUGCCAAGAACAGCAAAACAACAAACUAACAGUAACAAUGUAUCAAGUAACACAUCAAAUAGCAAUCCCACCACCGCUUUGAUAUUGCGCACAACUUCUCCCACUUUGUACAAUGGCAGCAUAGCAUGUUGCCGCGACGUCAACUGCCGUCUAAAUGCGUUGAAUGAGCAUUUUACAGCACUUGUUCAGCAAAAACACCACCAUCAAUGUAUUCAACGUGCAUCGGUUUGUUCAAAUGCAUCUUCGUCGUCAGGUGUGUCCCAUACAAAGAGUAGCAGACGGAGUAGAAGUUCUACCGUCACUGGUUUGAGUCGAAACGAAACAACUGCGACACCUACCGUACCAGCGAUUGCUGCGGCAGCUCUGCGCGAUGGCUCACCAGAUUCAGGUGUAGGCAGUGAUGCUGCACUGGCGAAAGUAUUUCGUGCUGCCGCAGAAACAACAACAAGCGGCGAUUCUACUUUGUCUUCGCUAGGGCAAUAUCUUACCGUACACCUGCAGCUGGAUUUGUGUACGUGGAUCUUGUUUAUUUUGGCAGCUUUCACACGUUUCUAUAAGCUUUCUAUACCCCACCAUGUUGUAUUUGACGAAAUACAUUAUGGCAAAUAUAUCUCCCUUUACAUGCGAAACAUUUUCUUCUUCGACCAGCAUCCGCCGCUAGGGAAACAACUCAUAGCUGCGGUUGCAUACACAGCCGGCGGUUACGAUGGCAAUUACACAUUUCCACAUAUCGGAGCGGAAUAUAACAAAAAUAUGCCAAUUUUUUGGUUACGCUUUGUGCCAGCGUUGUGUGGUAGCGCAUUAGCGCCUAUCGUUUACAAGCUUCUCAUAGCCGCACGUCUUUCUCGAUGGUCCGCUUUGUUAGGAGGAAUACUUAUUAUUUUGGAUAAUGCAUUGCUCACACAAUCACGGUUUAUUUUGAUGGAGUCAAUGCUUUUAUUAUUUGAAGCCUGUGGCCUGUAUUGCAUGUUGCGUUUUCAAGAAAGUCGUUUCGGUAGCUCUCUUUGGUUGAUAUUUGGAUUAGCGUCCGCAUCGUGUUUCUCUUUUGCAAGCAGUGUAAAAUAUGCAGGCUUUUUGACAUAUGGUCUCACAGCCUACCUUUCUUGCCGAUUUUUAUGGGAUAAACUUUACGAUGCUACGCUUUCAAAUCUGCAUAUUAUUUUACAAACYUUUGGCCGCAUCGUUUUAUUCACAAUUGUGCCAAUUAUGUUGUAUAUAGGCGUUUUCUUCGUUCAUUUGCAACUAUUAUAUCGUGCUGGCCCACAUGAUAGUAUAAUGACAAGUGCCUUUCAAGCUUCUCUUGAUGGUGGAUUAGCUUCGAUAACAAAAGGUCAACCACUCAAAGUGGCUCAUGGUUCACAGGUAACUCUGCGUCACACACAUGGUCGUACAUGUUGGUUACAUUCACAUACCCACGUGUAUCCAGUGCGAUAUCCAGAUAAGCGUGGCUCUUCACAUCAACAACAAGUCACAUGCUAUUCAUUUAAAGACGUAAAUAACUGGUGGAUUAUUAAGCGUCCACAUCGAGAAGAUUUAGUCGUCGGGAAUGAGUUGGAUGUUAUACGUCAUGGAGAUAUUAUUCAAUUAGUACAUGGGAUCACGAGUCGUGGGCUCAACUCUCAUGACGUGGCCGCACCCAUGACCCCACAAUGUCAGGAGGUAUCCUGUUAUAUCGACUAUGAAAUUAAAAUGCCUGGCGAGUUAUUGUGGCGUGUAGAAAUUUUGAACCGCGAGACGGAAGGAAAUAUAUGGCAUGCCAUUAAAUCGGAAGUGCGACUAAUUCAUCAUACCACGGGUGCAGCGUUACGUUAUAGCGGGCGUCAACUUCCAGAAUGGGGUUUUAAUCAACAUGAAGUGGUGGCAGACCGGAGCGUGGAGCACAAAGACGCAAUAUGGAAUGUUGAAGAACAUCGUUAUACAAAAACACAGGACCAACGUGAACGGGAACGACAACUGCUUAAAGCUGAGAUGAUUCCAACGAAAAAGACAAAGCUAACUUUUUUAGCAAAAUUCUUCGAAUUGCAAACGAAAAUGCUUUGGGGCACAAAACAGCUAGAUACCCACAUGUACAGCUCCUCGCCCCUCGAAUGGCCAUUGUUAGAUAAAGGCAUUGCUUAUUGGGUUGACACAAAAACUGGCAGUCAGAUACAUUUGUUGGGCAACAUAAUUAUUUGGUACACCGGAACGGCAGCACUGAUUUUGUAUAUCUUACUGAAUAUAUUCUAUGUACUACGUCGACGACGCCUCCAUUUUGAUCUGCCAGAACACGAAUGGCACCGAUUUCGCCAAGUCGGUGACAUCUUUUUAGUUGCGUACUUUAUACAUUAUUUACCAUAUUUUACAAUGGAUCGUGCACUGUUUCUGCAUAACUAUCUACCUGCCUUCCUAUUCAAACUCUUACUGUUAUGUUAUGUAUUUGAGCACAUUGACUAUUUGCUACGAUUAUACUGUUAUGUUAAUUGUAAAUAUAACGUUAAAGGUACUUUACAGCCACAGCGGAUUUGGUUAGUCCGAAGCUAUCGUCUAGGUAUUUUAAUAUGGCUUGUAUAUGUUAUAUGGGUCUUUAUAAAAUUCUUGCCAUUAACCUAUGGCAUGCAAAAACUGAGCCCGCAGAAGGUGAUCAGUUUACGAUGGAAAGACACUUGGGACUUUAUAAUACAAGUCCACAAGUCUACGAGUAAUCGGAUUUAACGAUUUCCAACGUAUCUUACACAUCGGAUGGUUGUUAUAAAUAUUAAUAUAWAUGUACAUAUAUGUACACUCAUACAGUAGAUAAAAUAAGUACGUCUAAUUUAUUAAAAAAUGGCAGCGAAUUCAUCGCAAAUGUAAGAAUAGACUUUUAAUAAAAAUAAUAUUUAAUCACCAUAUGCUAAUAAAUAUAUAUUUAAUAAACA